UUCCAUUCUCUCUUCUCCUCACUCUCUCUCUUUUUUUCUGGAGUAGCUCUAUUUCCCCUCCCUCCCCCUUCCCCCUCUGCCUCUCUCCUCUCUCCCUCUGUCUUGUCGCUUGUGUUUGUCUCUGGGAGGAUCAGGGGCUGCCUGCUUGGAGUUUGUUGUGGGGGGAGGUAGGGGGAGGGGAGGGGUGUGUGGGAGGGAGGAGGGAAAGGGGGGUGUUCUCGUCAGGACCCCUCAGUCAACUUGAGAUUUGAGCAAUAACUUCCCCUUCGGGGCGCCCCCCUGCGUGCCCUUCCCAUACCUCCCCCCCGAAAAAAAAGACAAUGGGAAAACCUUGGCUCCCCCCCUCCUCCCCUCUGCCCUCCACCCCUCCCUAGGAUAAAUUGGAAGUAAGUUUAGGAGCAGCCUCGGGAUCCUGGGCGCAGAGUGCAGGGCCGGAGCGGGUGACAGAGGCGGCGUGCCGGGGGCGGCGGGGAGGGGGUGUCACAUUGUCCCGGUGGGGGGCCGGCCGGGGGCCGCGGGCGGGGGCGGGGGGCGCGGAGCCUCGCCCGCCCCCCUCUGCUGUCCCUUGGCCCGGGGAGGGUAGCCGGGGCUCCUCCACCCCCCCCACCCCACCCUGGGAUGCUGUCGGGGGGAAGUUUUUAUUAUGGUUAUUUAAUUAAAAAAAUUUUUUUUUUGGAAAACCAUCUUGUUUGGUGACUGAGGGAUCUGGUUAAAAAAAAAAAAAAAAAGCUGCGGCUGCUGACGCUGCCGGGCCCGAGUGUGUGUGUGUGUGUGAGUGUGUAUGUGUGUGUGAGUGUGAGUGUGUUGGUGCAUUUGUCUUGGGUGGCCGGAGCAGCGUUGGGGAAAUUCCGCUUAUUCUUCUUCUUCUGCAACUUGUUAUUCCGGAGAGUCUGCCUGCACCCCUCACCCCGGGGCCGGCCCUCCCGCAUUCGCCCCCGCCGCCGGCGGCCGCGGGGCGCCCCCGGGACCCCAAGCGGGCCGGGGCGGACAGGCCGCUCCGAGAGGGGCCGCGGCCGCCCCUCCCCCGCCCGCGCCCCCGCCGGGGGGAGGGGCGCGCGGAGUGGGACUCUUUCCGUUUGGUCCAGCCCCGUCGUGCACGCAGUUCCCAACACUUCUCGUCAUCCUCUCUUUGGUCUCUUUAUUCUGCUGAGCGGUGCUGUUAGGAUUUUUUUUUUUCUCCCCCUGACCACGUUCGCGAUGGUGGGUAGCAGCAAGGUGGCCCUGGUAGAGGAGGGGUUGGUAUCGAGAUUGGGCACCGGGAGAGAACGUCUCCUUUCAACUUUGUCUGUGGCUUGCACCCCCGGAGAAGGCCACAAGCCGGUUGUGGGGUGCAGAUGUGCCAAGAGUGAUUUCUAAGUAGUUGAGUUGUGAUGAGGGUACGACUGCUAAUGGUCGGCAGGUUUUGUUUUCAUUGGUGAAUCUGGUGUCAUCAUAUUCCGGUCAUAUGUUGAAAUAUUCUUUGUUUAGGUCUGGAAGUAGAGAAUCUCACUCUGCACGUUCACAUUGUGUUGUUUUUAAAAUGAUGUCUCUAGGAGUAUGGAUUUCUAGAAUUUCAGAUCUGAGAGAAGGUCUGCACUUGUGUGGGCCUCCUUACCUGGCCUUGACAGUGAACUUUGUGGCUGUGUUUCGGAUUUCAAAGAUUUGCCCCAUAGCUGGGGAACGAGUUGUGCAUUUUUGCUAAUAGUCGGUGUCAGGAAUGUAGAUGACUGAGCUGGAGAAGUUAGUGAGGGAAGAACAUUUAUAUAUAAAUAAUGGGUAGUUGAAUAUUAGAAUCAGAUUAAUUUGGGCUGAUGAAAGUUUGUUUGUUUGUUUUAAAGCAGUUGUACACUCUGGGAAGGAAGCCUUUUCACAGGUUCUCUUGUUAGGGAUUCUUUAAGGCGAGGGGUUGGAAUUAUCUCCUUUUUGAGAGGAUUCUCAUCAAUAUCUGUAGCUUUAUUGAGGGCCAGAUAAGGGUACUGAAAUUGGGGCUAAACCAUGUUAGCAUACUUUUCAGUAUUUAUGAUAUUUGUUUACUUCGGGUGUUCGCUCUAAUUUGGGCAUUAGAAAUAAAUAGGUCAGCUUUGCUUUUGGUCUUUGAAGUCUGGCCCCUCCUUCCUUCUUUAAGUUUCACCAUUUACUUGGUUUACAGCAUUGUUGGAAACUGUUACUACAUUUUUACUGGAAAUACUAUUAUUCAUUUUAAUUUUGUCAUCUGGAAGGACCUGCCUCUGAAAUAUUCUUCUUCUGCUUACAUGAAGAUCUCUAAAUGCUAUCCAGCAGGAGGUGCUACAGCAAGAUAAAGGAUAUUUUUGAGUUUUGAGGGUCUUGCUACUUAUUACAGCUCUACUUAGCUUCAGCUAAGCAACAGGAUUAACACCUUAAAGUUCCAGAAAGAUUUUGAGGGGCUAGAGAGCUGAAGGAGAACCAGUUUCUCCAAAAUUGGACUUCUCAGAACCUUUAAUAUGCUAAUGUGCAUUGUGAAUCUCCAAGAGGGGGAUAUGAUAUACAGCAUUCUUGAAUACUUCUAAUGACAGGGAGCCCACUACCUCAUAAGCUGCAGUGAGAAGAGGAGUUUGUUACUUUAAACAGAGGCUGAAGAAACUAUAGCAUCAGCAGAGAAAGUGGAGAAGGUAGAGGAUGGAGUUGCAGACUCUACAGGAAGCUCUUAAAGUGGAAAUUCAGGUUCACCAGAAACUGGUUGCUCAAAUGAAGCAGGAUCCACAGAAUGCUGACUUAAAGAAACAGCUUCAUGAACUCCAAGCCAAAAUCACAGCUUUGAGUGAGAAACAGAAAAGAGUAGUUGAACAGCUACGGAAGAACCUGAUAGUAAAGCAAGAACAACCGGACAAGUUCCAAAUACAGCCAUUGCCACAAUCUGAAAACAAACUACAAACAGCACAGCAGCAACCACUACAGCAACUACAACAGCAGCAGCAGUACCACCACCACCACGCCCAGCAGUCAGCUGCAGCUUCUCCCAACCUGACUGCUUCACAGAAGACUGUAACUACAGCUUCUAUGAUUACCACAAAGACACUACCUCUCGUCUUGAAAGCAGCAACUGCGACCAUGCCUGCCUCUGUGGUGGGCCAGAGACCUACCAUUGCUAUGGUGACCGCCAUCAACAGUCAGAAGGCUGUGCUCAGCACUGAUGUGCAGAACACACCAGUCAACCUCCAGACGUCUAGUAAGGUCCCUGGGCCCGGGGCAGAGGCUGUCCAAAUUGUGGCAAAAAACACAGUCACUCUGCAGGUUCAGGCAACACCUCCUCAGCCCAUCAAAGUACCACAGUUUAUCCCUCCUCCUAGACUCACUCCACGUCCAAACUUUCUUCCACAGGUUCGACCCAAGCCUGUGGCCCAGAAUAACAUUCCUAUUGCCCCAGCACCACCUCCCAUGCUCGCAGCUCCUCAGCUUAUCCAGAGGCCUGUCAUGUUGACCAAGUUCACCCCCACAACCCUUCCCACAUCCCAGAAUUCCAUCCACCCCGUCCGUGUCGUCAAUGGGCAGACUGCAACCAUAGCCAAAACGUUUCCCAUGGCCCAGCUCACCAGCAUUGUGAUAGCUACUCCAGGGACCAGACUCGCUGGACCUCAAACUGUACAGCUUAGCAAGCCAAGUCUUGAAAAACAGACAGUUAAAUCUCACACAGAAACAGAUGAGAAACAAACAGAAAGCCGCACCAUCACCCCACCUGCUGCACCCAAACCAAAACGGGAGGAGAACCCUCAGAAACUUGCCUUCAUGGUGUCUCUAGGGUUGGUAACACAUGACCAUCUAGAAGAAAUCCAAAGCAAGAGACAAGAGCGAAAAAGAAGAACAACAGCAAAUCCGGUCUACAGCGGAGCAGUCUUUGAGCCAGAGCGUAAGAAGAGUGCAGUCACAUACCUAAACAGCACAAUGCACCCUGGGACCCGGAAGAGAGCCAAUGAGGAACACUGGCCAAAGGGUGAUAUUCAUGAGGAUUUUUGCAGCGUUUGCAGAAAAAGUGGCCAGUUACUGAUGUGUGACACGUGUUCCCGUGUAUAUCAUCUGGACUGCUUAGACCCCCCUCUGAAAACAAUUCCCAAGGGCAUGUGGAUCUGUCCCAGAUGUCAGGACCAGAUGCUGAAGAAGGAAGAAGCAAUUCCAUGGCCUGGAACUUUAGCAAUUGUUCAUUCCUAUAUUGCCUACAAAGCAGCAAAAGAAGAAGAGAAACAGAAGUUACUUAAGUGGAGUUCAGAUUUAAAACAAGAACGAGAACAACUAGAGCAAAAGGUGAAACAGCUCAGCAAUUCCAUAAGUAAAUGCAUGGAAAUGAAGAACACCAUCCUGGCCCGGCAGAAGGAGAUGCACAGCUCCUUGGAGAAGGUAAAACAGCUGAUUCGCCUCAUCCACGGCAUCGACCUCUCCAAACCUGUAGACUCUGAGGCCACUGUGGGGGCCAUCUCCAACGGCCCGGACUGCACCCCCCCUGCCAACGCCGUCACCUCCACGCCGGCCCCUUCCCCCUCCUCCCAGAGCUGCACAGCGAACUGUAACCCAGGGGAAGAGACUAAAUAACAGAGCCCCUCUAGGAGAAGCCACGGGAUCCCGGCGGCAAGGAGAGAACACUGAAGACUCUAGAAAAGUAAAGCCGGAUUUCUGGAAAGUGCAGAAUUCUUUUGGUUCUUUGGUUCCAGAGAGAGAGAAGAUGCUUGUGCCAGGUGGCACCAGAGUUUGCCAAUUGAUCCUUCUUAUUCUGUGUGUACAUGCAAAGAUUGGACCAUGUUACAUGAAAUAGUGCCAGCUGGAGGUUCUUUGCCAGCACCAUGCCAAGUGAAAUAAUAUAUUUACUCUCUCUAUUAUACACCAGUGUGUGCCUGCAGCAGCCUCCACAGCCACGAUGGGUUUGUUUCUGUUUUCUUGGGUGGGGAGCAGGGACGGGCGGAGGGAGGAGAGCAGGUUUCAGAUCCUUACUUGCCGAGCCGUUUGUUUAGGUAGAGAAGACAAGUCCAAAGAGUGUGUGGGCUUUCCUGUUUCUAAACUUUCGCUACUAUAAAACCAAAAAAAGGAAUUGAGAUUCAACUAACCCCAGUGCCCAGAAGAGGAAAUGGGAGUGGCUGGAGGGAGCCGGGGGUGGGACAGUGUAUCACAUAAGCAGUAUUUAAUCACUGGCGGGGGCCUCACAGGAGAAACCGACACCAAGGACAGCCAGUAGGUUCUUCUCCCCCGCGCUCUGCUCCCUCCCCAUGGGAACUCCCAUCCUGAAGCCUGCCCAGCCUCCUUCCUUCCCUGCUUGGUGAAUCGCGCACCCGUGUUACCCCACUGUCUCCUCUCCAAGAACAAGCAGAGCCCAGGCCACUGGCCCUUGCCUGGGGCAGGGAAGAAGGAUGUGUAUGUCCAGGAAGGAAAGAAGGUGGAUCAGUGAUUUUACUUGAAAACAAGCUCCAUCCCUUUUCUAUAUUUAUAAGAAGAGAUCUUGAGUGAAGCAGCACGCGACCCAGGUGUGUGUGAAUUGAAUGGAGACAUUUCUUUUCUCUUUUUUUAAAUUUUUGUUUUUGUUCUUUUUUUCUUUAAGGAAAGUUUUAUUUUAUUCAUUUUACUUUCUUGGUAACAAAAACUAAAAUAAGGAAUAGAAAAGCUGUUUUUCAGGCUGACAGUCCAAUUAAGGGUAGCCGAGACCUUGCAUGGUAGAUUAGGAAUCAUAGUGUCAGUGAGGUCCCGUGAGUCUUUGUGAGUCCUUGUGUCAUCGUUCGGGCACUGGUUUUUUAUGCAAGGGCAAAAAUCUUUGUAUCUGGGGGAAAAAAACCAACUUUUUUUUAAAUUAAAAAGGAAAAUAAAAGAUAUUGAGGUCUUCCUAGUGUUACUUAAAUUAAGAUCAAGGUAAGAAACAUUGUAAAAAAAAUUACAAAAGUGCUAUUUGUUUCCUAAAAACAGUGAUUUCUAUUAAAAAGGUGUCAGAACUGGAGAAAAUGCCGUGUAGUUAUAAUUUUUUAGCACAGACCCUGCUGAUGACGAUGACAUUUUGCCGUGUGUAUCUCUAGACUGUGGCCCAGUCUCCUUGACGGACAGGGUGGAGCUCCCCACCCUUUUCUCUCCUCAGAAAAGACCGUGCUCUCUUCUUGGUGCAGGGAUCUUGUCUCCUGCUGUGAAGCCCAAAUGGAAGUCUGGAUGGUGUCAGGGCCCUCCCCAUGGUCUUCUUAGAUUCUGCUAGAGCAAAAGGCUGGUGCCUAAAUAAGAUCCCUUCCUUUGGUGCUGCUUUUGGUCUUUCAGCCACCAGCAUUAUGAGUGCCUGGGGGACACCUCCAAGGGAACUGGCCAGUGGAGCUCAGUGGUGCCCCUGCACCCUGGCUGUGGCAGGAGGGCGCGGGACUGCAGGCUGGCUGCAUCAGCCCUUGGUGCUUAGAAAGAACAGAGGAGUGACAUGUCUCAAGGGUAUGUCUCUGAGACAGAGCCCCAGGAUGGCCUUUGCUCUGACUUGCUUUUGGGGAGAGGUCUGAAGCUCUCACUCCUUUCUCUGCCUGUUGGCUCCAGGCACCAGAAAUGGAAUUCAUUCCAUUCCUCCCACCCACAAGUCUCCUGGGUGACCCUUGGCUAGAAUUGCUGCGCUUGCCUUGGCUUGGCCUGUUAUGUCCUCUCCUUGAGAAAACCAGGGUUCUGAAAGGCUCAGACCAUUUUCUCAUCUUGCCUUGUGGGAAGUCAACGGUGUCAGCUCUGGCUGGAGACCUUUGCCUCUUGCGUGCCCCUGGCUGAUGGGAGGGCAGUGGAGGCUCCGUACCCCCGCCCUGCUGGAGCAUCUCCCCAAGGCCCACUCCAGGCCCUAGUAAUAGCCAGAGUCUAGGAGGGGUAAAAACUGUCCCAUUAGGUUCUCUCCCACCGAGUUAGGCCCAGAGAGACAAAGACAGAUCUGAAAGCAAAUUCAACAGAGAAGAGACUCUUAGAGGAAAAUGUGUCUCAUCCAUAUCACCUGUCGCCAUUCAUCUUCCCAAGGACCUCAGAAGAGGGAGUUAAAUUUGGCUGAACAGGCCUCAGUUAGGCCCUGGCUGCUUGAUUGGCUGACAGGGAAAGAGUUCCCUUUUCUCAGAAACCAAGGUGCUGUGCCUCGUCAGGGAGGCUUGGAGAUGCCUGGACUAGUUGGAGGAAUCAUGGCAGAGGAUCAGAGACCAGCAGCAGGCUGCCUGCCCUGUCUAGAGCUCUUCCCCUUAACUUGUCUGGGCCCAUCUGGGGGUUGCCACAACAGUUAACUCUCCUUUUCCUGAAAGAAGUUGGGAAGCCAUCAUCACUAGAGGCCUUUGCUCGGAGAGGAGCUGCCUGAGGAGUCUCAGGGGUGGGGGGAUGAGGCUUGGAAUGGACCGGCGCUUUUCCUGCCACCCUGAGCAGUGUUGAGUACAUUCUGACCUCGCCUGCAGCCGGGCUGUGGACUCUUCCUACAUUCAGAUGUGAGCUGUUUUGGGAGUCUGCUAGUAUGGAGUGCAAGAUGCAAUCCUACCCACAAACCUACAUUCUGGACUCAAAUUCCAAAACACUGCUUUACUGUAAAGAAGAGGCCCCCGGCACUCAAUCUCCCUGUCCUUCACUGUCCCCCCAGACUGCCAGAGACACACGCUCGUGACACUGCCCCACCCAGCCACCUCCACUUGCUUCCUCCUCCUUCAUUUCGCUGCUCUUUCCCCAUGGCCCAGAAUUUAGCUGCUCUGACAGCUACUUAUCUGAGACCAGCUGGCUUUGCAGUCACUUCAGAGAGCUGGAGUGGCUGCCCACUGGGCCCUGCCUGGGAGUCCCCUGCCAGCUCCUGAUCAGGCGCUGCGCCCUGGUGGUAGUGAGGUCAUGUUGCUGUCAUCUCCACCUCUGCAUUCUUGCUGCCUGCGGGUCCUUUUUCUUUCAUGGAGCCUGCUGGGUCUUGUCUCACCUGUGCUGAGCUCAUCGGGGUUUUGAUUUCUUCCUUCCUUAUUAGGCCCUUUGUGGUAAGCCUGCUGGUUGUACCUGACAGGGGUAGACAGCUACGGGCAGUUCCUGGUGUGGCCACCCUGGCAGCCUCCAGCUGGCACCAUCGUGUGCCUGGUUUCCCUGCAAGGCCUGUCUCUGUCCCUGCUGCUGCUUGGCUCAGGCCCAGCAGGCAGUGUGCGUGGGGGCAGGUGCAUGCAGCUGUGUCUGUGCGGGUGGCUGUGUCUGCAGCACACUUCUGUCUCCGCAUGCACGCUGCCUCUCCAGCCACCUCUGAUACUUCUCUCUUGGGGAUUGCAGAGCCCUUGGGCUCUCCCCUCCCAGCUCACACACACUCUUCAGAGGUUUCUUCCCUUCAUUCCCUUGUAGGGCGUGGUCCUUCUUAUUUAUCUAAAGGGCUGAAUUUAGGAGACUACCCAGAGGCAAAAGGCUCCUAAGGUAAUGAUGGGAUGGAGCGUGGCCCUGUGCAUUUUCUAGGGCCUGGGUCUCCAGAUCCCAUGGCUUCUGUUGAGUGGAGGCAACUUUGCUCCGUGUGGACCUCGCCCCUGCCCUCAGCCGGGCACCCCUGGCAGGAAGCAGGACUCCCAUCCUCACCCUGACUUAGACUGUCCUCUGAGUCAGCUCCUCUGGGCAGUCUUCUGGCCCCCUCACUAAAGUGAGGGGCGGGAAACCGGGGCUGCCCUUCAGAAAGCCGGGGUAGGAACUUUGAAAAGUAGCUCCUAUAAAUGGAAGCAGGGCUCCCCAGUUCCACUUGGCGCCCCCUCCCACAAAGCCCUUCCUCCCUGAGGACCCAGCCUCCCCCGCCCCUACCCGUCCCCAGCAGCCUUUGGGCCCUCACCUCUUCCCCGGUCUCCGUGGGUCCUCAGUCCAGGUGAGCUGCAGCCAGGCGGUGGGACGGGCAGGCCAGAGGUCAGCCAGCUCCUAGCAGAGAAGAGCCAGCCAGAAACCAACCCUGUCUCUUGUCCAUGCCCUUUGUGAUUUCAGUCUUGGUAGACUUGUAUUUGGAGUUUUGUGCUUCAAAGUUUUUGUUUCUGUUUGGUUUUUGUUUUGAGGGGGUGGGGGGGAUACAGAGCAGCUGAUCAAUUUGUAUUUAUUUAUUUUAACAUUUUACUAAAUAAAGCCAAAUAAAGCCUCUUA